CCGCAGCUGGCCCGUGCUUUGGUGGGCGGGCCCGAAAAGGCCGUGAAGGUCACGGAGCUCGGGGUCGCCGCGAGGGCCCAGGUGGAAGUCUGCGCGCUGGGCGACGGCGUAUGCAAGCUUGCGGAGGACGCAAAGGCGGAUGCGGCGGCCGAGACUGACAUGGCGGGGUGCUUCCUCACGGAGCUGGCGACGGCGGCAGCGCCUCUGCUGGAGCCCGUCGAGGGCGAGGUGCAAUACUCGGAGGCCGAGCAGGAGUGCUUCAUAGCGGUGCGCGCUGGCGCCGACGUCCAGCAGGUGCAAAGCGUGUUGAUGCUGAACGUGGGGGUGCAGACGGAGGCCUUCGUCGAGGCGACCUGCCACGCGAAGGCCGUCGAGUGCGGCGACCUCGCAAGGACCGGUGAGUUGAAGCCGGGCGACGGCCAUGGGGCUGCUGAGCACUUCGAGUCCGUGAGCAUGGAGAUGGGCCUGCUGAGCGAGGCGAAUCUGGGCAACGGCCAGGUUGCAGCCGAGCGCGUCGACUCCGCGGGCGGCGUGGUGACAGACAUGGAGCAGGAGGUGGCGGCAACGGACGCGCCUGCGAGCUCGGCGUGUUCGGGCACACGGCAGCUGGAGGCGCCUGCCCGCACAGCGUCGGAGGCCCCAAAACCAUCCACGGGAGUGAGGCCGCACUUUACGAACGCGAACUUCCUCCCGCCGAGAUCCCGGGGGCUCCCGGCGGCAUCGGCGGCGCCCGCUCCAAGGACUCGGCUGAGCCGCCCUGCCGAAGGACGGCGUCUCGCCCCUGGACCUGCAGGAGGGCCUCACGAGCAGCAGGAGAGCGUGGGCAGGGCUGGCGAGGAGGAGGGGCUGGGCAACGGCCGAGGGGCGGCCGGGCGCUCCGACUCAGUGGCCGUGGUCGACUGGGAGGCCGAAUCGCGGGCGGCCGAGGCGCGCGCCAUCGGCCUGGCCCAGUGGCGGCCCGAGACCGAUGAGCUGGACGUUCAGCUCGCACCGAAGCGCCAGUUCGCUCCAGAGCCGCAGGUCGCGACGAAGGCCGUGUCCGAGGCUGUCGAGGAGGCGCCGAAGGAGGUCCAGCACGUCUCGGAGCAGGCGCUCGCGGCGAAGGCCGCACUGCCGACGCCAGUGCUCGAGGGGAAGCCCGUGGAGGCACCAUCGCUCGAGGUGGUCGCGGAGAAGCUCGAG